UUGGACUGAAGCAGAAGACGCGUUUUUACUUCAGUCUGAAAGCGAAAUUCUCCGGAACACCGAGUCUUUCUGGUGUUUAUACGGACCAACAUGAUGUUACCAUACGGAGCAGCUCCUCUGAUUACCAGAUCUGCCGCGAAACAUCUGGCCAGCUGCUGAUGAAGCCGAAGGGAGGUUGUGCUCUGUUGUAAGCGGAGGGUCUCCCCAGGUUUUUCCCGCACGACGGAAAUAAACACGGAAGCUUCUUCGCUGUCGGCUUCUGCUCGAACCUCGGCCACCGUGCUGGAUGCUGAAACGCAUGAAGACACGGUGUGAAAUGAAGACAAGGAUCAGGGAUAUGAGCUAAGAGUGAAACGGCCUAGGGGGAAAAAACGACAUUUCUUCUACGGGGAUUCCAGCGAGGAAAAGAGAGAUGUAUGUGAAAGAGAGGAGAAUAUUUAAUGCGGAGAUUGGAAUCAUAGCGACUAGAUUCAGUGACGGAUUACUUGACUGCUGUGAAUACUGCAUUUAGGAAGAGGACGAUUUCACAUUACAGAUGAAAUGACAAGGUUGAGCUACCCUAACCCAGGUUCUCAUGUGUUGACUCAAAAAUCUCCACUAGCAUUUUUUUAACGCACGGAGUUUACUUGAUGCUGGAUUACGGAGUCGGGGCGUCUCUGUGGACAGUGCGCAUGCGCAGAUGGCCAACGCGAGCGAUCCCGGCGAAAGCAACAAGCCCUCGCUUCAGGACUAUGCCAUCACUGCCUCUGCUGUGAAACUGGCCUCUCUCGGUCUCAUUGCAGGGGUCAGUUUGUUGGGAAACAUGCUAAUUUCACUGUUGGUGAUGAAGGAUCGUUCUGUUCACAAAGCACCAUAUUAUUUUCUGGUCGAUCUGUGUUUGGGUGACAUAGCACGCUCGGCAUCGUGCUUCCCAUUCAUGAUGGCGUCUGUGGCACGUGGCUCGACGUGGGCUUACGGAGGAAUGAGCUGCAAAGCUGUGGCUUUUCUAUCUGCUCUGUUCUGCUUCCAUGCCGCCUUCAUGUUGUUCGGUGUGAGUGUCACACGCUAUAUGGCCAUCGCACACCACCGCUUCUAUGCCAAGCGUGUGACACCGUGGACAUGCGCUGCCGUCAUUGGUGUUUCGUGGAUUUUGGCAGCAGCCAUGGCCCUGCCACCUGUGUUUGACAUGAACAUGUACAGAUUCAUGCAUGAGGAGGAACAGUGCAUGUUUGAGCAGCGCUACGCGAGGGCCAACGACACACUAGGAUUCACUCUGAUGUUGGCUGUAGUAGUGGGAGCCACACAUGCAGUGUAUGUCAAGAUGCUCUGCUUCGUCUAUGACCACCGCAAGAUGAAGCCAGCCCAGUUAAUCCCAGCUGUCAGCCACAACUGGACUUUUCAUGGGCCUGGAGCCACAGGUCAAGCAGCUGCUAACUGGAUCGCUGGAUUUGGACGUGGCCCGACACCUCCCACUCUAGUGGGCAUCAGGCAGGUAGCACACAGUGCCAACAGAAGGCUGCUUGUCCUGGAUGAGUUCAAGAUGGAAAAGCGUAUUGGGAAAAUGUACUACAUGAUAACGCUGGCUUUCCUGCUGCUCUGGGCACCGUAUAUUGUGUUGUGCUAUGCGCAAGUGUUGGUGAAGGAUAGUGGCAUGCCACGGGCAUACGUGAGUGCUGCAGUGUGGCUCACUUUCGCUCAGGCAGCAGCCAAUCCGCUUAUUUGCUUUGUUUUCAACAAGGAGCUCAGGACACGAUGCCGAGCCUGCUUCCCUUGCUGCUUGACUACUCCUACACAAACGCCCAUGGAGCCAUAUUGUGUGAUCUAAAGAAAGUGUCUGGUCUACACUUAUAUUUUCCUUCUAUUGAAAGAUACUUCAUAAGACCAAAACUGAGCUGUAAUGAACUGAUCUGACAAAAAACAGAUUUUCUGACAUUAUAAAUGACAGAAUUCGAUUAAACAUGGAGUAAAUCAUUACAGCAUGGGCCAUUAUAGGAAAUUAAUCAACAAACAGGUGGUGUGAUGCAUUACCACCCCUUGCUUACAUCAUGUUUUCCUGUUAUUUUCCUAUAACAGCAUAUGUCAGUGUUUUAUUCUUCAUAUAACACAGCAAUUUGUGAACUGUUUAUAGUUACGUUUAAUGUUGCGUAACUUUUGUGAGACGAGUUAUUUCCUGUGUCUUGUGUCACUUACGUUCAAAGGAUCUAUGAAUACAUGGAGGUAGAAGAGUUUAAAAAUGAAUACGUUUAUGAAAUCUGAUUCUCAAAUGAAUAAGCUAAUUCACAUUCACAGAAGAAGGUUUUCGAACAGCAGCGUUUAUAACCUAAUUCAUAUUCAUGAAACGUGAUCUGUAAAUGCAGAAAGAAUUUAAAUUCAUAAUGCAUGAUUGAUAAAAUUCAUAAACACACAACCGGGUUUGGACAUUUCUGAAUGUUUUUACAUUUAUGAAUUCAUUUUUGGAUCUGCAUUUCCAAAUAGUCAUAUGUGUGUAUAUAUCACUUUGGAUUUUCGUUUCAUUAUAUGGAGACUAGGCCCCAAUUCACAAAUUUGUGUUUUUGUUCUCUUUAUCCAAUCAGAUGUGAGAUUUCAAUCCAGCCAACUAUAAUAUGCCUUUCUCAAUGCUAUGUCCAGAAAAGAUUGUGUUUCAAGAUGGCUGAUAAGCAGACAUAAGGAACACAGAAUCUCUCAUUGUUCUUUAUAAUUCUAAACACAUUAUGAAGGUAGUAGUGUUUAAUGACAAAGUGUGGAAUUUGCAAACGCUGUCCUGUAAUUGAGAAACACUUUGCAUCAGACAUGCAAAUUAUGCUUCUUGUGUCAAAGCAUUGAGCACAGCUUAUUACGAGGAGUUGGCUUGGAAUCUCACGUCUAAUUGGUUGAAGAUUGCAAAUGCAGAUUCAGUAAUUAAUUCAUAAAUGUAAAAACAUUCAGAAAUUUAUGCACACUUGUAUAUUUAUGAAUUGUGUGUUUUGCACUUGUGAAUCAUAUAUUGGGAAUUUAAAUUUAUUCAUGCAAUUGUAAACCUUAUUUUGUGAAUGAAUGUGGGGAUUGCAAAUAUAUGUGUGUAUAUAUGUUUAUAUAUAUCUUUGUGAAUGUGAAUUAGCUGACACAUUUGUGAAUCUAAGUUCAUAAAUGUAUUAAUGUAUUCUAUCUCCAUAUUCCCUCACCAUCUUCCAAAAGACCAGAAUGUGUCCAAUUUCCCGAAAUCUUCCCCACAGCUUGUUACAAAGCAGGGAUGCCUAAGACAUAAACGUAAAAUCAAAAAAACAUCUACUUACAGAAAGCCUCUUUGUUAAAUGACGACACAUUUUUAAUCCGUUUAUUAUUAGGCUUAAAUAACGAGGAUCGUCUGCCAUACAAGUCCCUGUGAACGAGCUGUUGCUAUAGAAACAAAAGCAUAUUAGAUUGAGUGCAUUAAUAUAAACCUGUCUUUUGAAUUACGGUGAGUAUUUUUGUCAGAGCUGCUUUUAGAGAAAAUUAAUCAUCACCUUCUGACCAAUCAGACUCAAGAAUUCAGCAGAAGAAUUCAGUACAACUUGAAAUAAAAAGGGUGAAAAGGGUAAAAGUACUACACUGAAGGCAAAAAGAACAAUGUUAUUACAUUUCUAUUUAAGGAUUUUCUGUAUCUCUAAUUAAUCAUUGCGAUGGUUUUGAUUGAGCAGUGGUGGGACGGAUAAACAGCUGUCUGUUAUAGCAACCUUUUUGCAGUUUGGUGUAGCUGUGAGGUAGUAGACCACCUUACAUUUACAAGACACCAUCUUUAUACCUAUUCAUUACUGUAGUUUUAGUGCUGCUUACUCAAUCAUCUAGUCACUGUGCUCAUAAACCCAACCAUUUAUCUAAUAGCUAAUUUAUACUGUUAAUUUAUUAAUUGCAUCCCAGAUCGCAUACUUGUGCACUACUCUGUGCCAUUUUGUAGUAUAAAUAGUGUUCACACUGAAAAUUCCAACAAGAAAAAGUGCACUUUAAGGACCUGGUUGAUGCACCUAUUCAUGACUCAUUUUACUGGUGCCCCAGUAAUGAUCUGACGUGCCACAUUAAAAUAAAACCUUUUAAUCGAGUUUUAAUAAGUUCCAAAAUGCGUCAAAGCAACACUAACUUCACCUACACUACCUCUUGAAAACAAGCUCUGAGACACGCUCAUUGUAGUCCAGUUACCACAGCGACCUCGCACGUAAAAACUGUGCAUGUCAUAACUGGAGCACUCUGUUCGCACCCAGCUGCCUCCAGUCAGUGCAUCGGUGUGAGGUACAGUAAUAGGCUACGUCUGAAACUGACGAAAGUUUUAAAAUAAUAAGACUAACUAUUUCAAGCAGAGGUAGAAAAACAGAGAGCCAGGUUUGAGAGAGUGAGGUAAGACACCGGGUUACUAAUUAAAGGUAAUAACACAAGCUAUGAAGCUACUAUAAUUUCUGUUGCUGGUCACAGGAUACGCCUAGGUUUUCCCUUUUAACUUUGACCCCUAUGGGGGCAUAUGUUAGUUAAAGGAAACAGAUUUGAUGUCCUCCAUUUUAAGUAAAUAUGGCUGAGGUACACCAUCAUGCUGGCUUAUCAAUUGAGAAAUAGGAGCUUUGUAAAUCGAGUUACAGUAAAGUGUCGGCCAAAAUGACCUGUCGGCCAAAAUGAACAUAGAUGGUGCAGUUUAAUGGUACAUAAAUAAACCGGUUAAUUUACGACUCAGUGUUGGACAUGAGAGGCUGUCAGCCUACAGAAUACUUUGUUUACUUUCUGUUUACUGUUUUACUACAUAUAUACUUGAUUUGACAUUGUUGACUCAAAUAAAUGUUCUUUAGGCUACCCUUACAUUGCUGUUUGUUAUAUUUGUGGAAUGCAGAGUACAAACAUUAGGCAUUCAAGAAACUUUUGAGUAUUGGGAGCCUGAAAUUAGAAAUUUAUGCCUAUUAACACCUCUGGUAGUCGGAAGAGGGGCGGGGCUACCAAUAUAGGGGAGAAGCCCUCAGGAGAGGAAAGAGGCUUCCUGGAGAGGGGUGGAGCUACGAGCUGCUGAUGCUGUAUGAGAAAAAAUUCAUCACCUCAAAUCAACCACUAAUACAUACAUACUUUGGGACGUAGCUCUUGUCAUUUUAUGUGUCAGAAUAAUUAUUUAUAAUCAUGCAUAAUAUCCAUACAGGAUAAAGAGGCAUAAUGGAAUCACACAAAAGAUGGAAAUACAGGAUCACCUUUCACACUUCACUUCAUAAAUGGUUUCCCAUGUGGCUGAAUGUUUCAUUUUAUUUUUUGUUCAAGGCUUCUUAGGCUAGAUAUGUAUUUGUGGCUUAUUAAAGGGUUCUACUUUCAACCUCCUCGAGUAGGGAAACACUCUGUUGUAUGAUUGUGCAUAAGACUUUUCUAUGUCCCAGGUGACAAAGUCAAAGAACCCCAAGGGUUGUAGAUGAACUGAGUACAACAGGCACAUUCACAUGUUUCUCAACAAAACAUAUUUUUCUGUAACAUCUGUAUAAUUGAUUUCUAAUUCAUUAUUUUUUCGAUGUAAUAUAUUUGCAAAUCCUUUAACGGAUCUUGGUGCGUCAGAAAUAUUUCAGUGUGCGAAUGAAGCAACAUCCUUCCGUCUUCAUGUUGUUCAACUGUUAUUUAAAGCAUAUUUUAUAUAAGGACUUGAACAAGCUUUUAUUGAUGUUUUUGUUAAGAAAUAAUAUGGACUGCUGUUCCAGAGACGUUUGCACUGUCUG